AUCAACGCGACGUUGUAUCGCCGCCGCGGCUGUUAUUUCGCCGCCGCGGCUGUUAUUUCGCCGUGAGGAGACUAUUAAAAGUCGCAAUUUGUUGCAUAAAGUACUGCAAUAUUGUUAAUAGGUUCCUGUUGCCAACAAUAUAAUAUAUGGACAAAUGCUUAUCUAAAUUGGGCACAUGUUAUGACAUUAUUGUUUUAAACAAUGGUCCUUGGUCCAGACAGCUGGGCAUCUGACCACUAUGGCUCACAGUGGGUUGGGAAUGCUUUGACAAAUGGAUUAGCUGAAGUGUUGUUGUGAUGCUGUGCAAUGUCGAUAUUCCAAAACAGUGACAGUGUGAAGCUGGUGGUGGUCGGCGAUGGUGGUGUGGGCAAGAGCGCCAUCACAAUCCAAUUCUUCCAGAAGCUCUUUGUCACUGAUUACGACCCUACCAUUGAGGACUCCUACAUACAGCACACGGAGGUCGAUGGACAGUGGUGCAUUCUUGAUGUUCUCGACACAGCGGGACAGGAAGAGUUCAGCGCAAUGCGCGAGCAGUACAUGCGCAAGGGGGACGGGUUCCUACUGGUGUAUAGCGUGACCGACAUGCAAUCCUACGAGAACGUGCGCCACUUCCACACGCAGAUUCUGCGCGUGAAAGACCGCGACUCGUACCCGAUGCUGUUAGCCGCCAAUAAAGUGGAUCUGGUCCACGUGCGAGUCGUGUCGGAGGAAGCGGGUCGCGAUCUGGCCAGGAUCAUCGGGGCGCCCUACAUUGAGACCAGCGCCAAGGAGCCGCCGCUCAACAUCGACCGCGCUUUCCACGAGCUGGUGCGCAUCAUCCGGCGGCACCCGGCGCAGGAGGACAAGCAGCGGCGGCGCCGGCGCCUCGGCCGCUGCGCGCUGCUCUGAGCCAGCCGUCGCCACCCUGUCAGCCGUUGUCACCCGUCGCCACCCGUUGCCACCCGUAGCCAUUCGAACAGGGGAGGUGCGGUUAUCUUUCUUUUGGAGGAGCACCACCUAAGUUGAAGGUUUUUCGACAGAAGGCAGAUGCGAUCCAUCGAAAUGGGUGCAGUAACGAGAGUCAAUCACAUCACCCGUAAUUAUUAAACAGUUGAGAUUAAAGCAUACAAUGCAUUUCCUGUAAACAGUCGUUCAUCGAUGUUCGAGCUCUCAAUUCUACGCUUUUUGUGAGGAGAGCCUGGAAAAUAAAUUAGGUCACUCGUACCAAAUUUGGAACUGGUAAUAGUAAAACUGGGAUUCUAAAAUUAACAUAAUUUAUGAUCUUAAGAAUUCUAGGCAGAAAAGUGCGCAAUGGGAAAUAGUUGAAUGUAAGAAAAAAACGAUUUUGUUUUGAAUUGGCCUAUCUCUCAAUUUUGUUUUGUCUAACACUUUAAGGUGAUGGAAAUUAAUUGCACGUGAUUAAGUGUAUUAUGUACACUGUUCAAUGGUUUAUGUAUACUUGACUGUAAACGAGAACAGACGCUGUAGGUAAUAAAUAAGUAUAUAUGUUUGUCUAUCGUCUCCAAGAUGGACACAUAUUUCAUGCUUGUGUCCAUAGACGUCUACAAAGACUUGUGUGAUCAUGUGCGACGCAUAGCAUUUAUUAUGAAGUAGAGUAAGAUAUAUGUAACCUAAUAUUUGUUGUUUUAUAUUGAUGCAUUUGUUUAUUAUAGACCAAAGUAUUUAUUAGCUUUACGUAGCUAAGUGUUAUCGUAAGACGAACCGAAUGUUGUGCGCGACGCGAUUAAAAGAACGCUGUGCUUUUUGAUGAAAAAGACAGCAGUGUUUUUACUUGAAGAGUUUAUUAAAGAAUACUACAAAAACGCAUAAAGCAAUCGUCGUGAAUACGAAGAUUUUGACCAAACGUCUCGUAUAGUAGCCACUACUCUAAUAAACAAUUUGAUAAAUGUGUUAUUUACCAGUUCACCAGAUAUUCCACAGUCGUUUGGUUCGAUUCCAUUUCCCGAAUAGACUGGGCAUUGAACAAGAAAUAAAACGCACAUGGUCUGCUCAUUCAUUAUAUAUACCACAACUGUGUGUUUUUACAGUCACAUAGAAAAGGCUGAGGUACCAAAGUUACAUUUUAACGAUGUCAAGUUCCACUUAGAAUAUAAUUUAUAAAAUUAUGUAUUUGUAAUUGUUUAGAAGACUACUAAAAGCCGUGCGUAGAUCCUCGCGCUGGGGCCGAACAGUCUUUCCUGCUUGAAGUAGUUUGAUGCGAAUGGCCUGUAACUCUUUCCAAGGGAAGAGUCGGUAGCUGUGUGACGUACUUAGAGAAGAGAAAGUACUGGACAUGAGAUCUACGCACGUUUACUGUGUAUUAUAGUAUCGGCAAACGGAAUUGAAUUCGUACAUAAGUGUUCUAUAAGUUUGGACUCGGCGUCGCCUGAGACUUGUUUAUCACAUAAGAUAACAUUUCAAAGGAAGACAAUACAUUUUAUACACCAACGGUUUUAGAUAAACUCUCGCGCUGAAUGCAAUAUGUGCAUUAUUAUUUAUUUCUUGAAUGACGUCAAUUGUUCUCCCUGUGGUCGUUUCUUACAGAAGAGUUGUAAUGCUUCAACAAUUGCAACAAUGAAACAAAUUGAUAUAUUAAAGAGGCCCGUGCCGGUGUGGCUGACAAUAGUUUGCAUUUUUAGGCAAAAAAUUAAAUGACAGUUGACGAAUUUAGAUGCGUUUUGGAUAAAACUAAGCGUGGCGAUGUCUCCCUGAAAAUAACGAUAAAUGUAACUGAGAACCCCACAUUUAAUAAUGUUAACUUUCUUUAUUGUAGCGUGUUUGUUGCUGUUAUCAUACAAAUUCUUUCAAGUUGAAAUGUAAUUUUACCUGUUUAGAAUCAGUCAUUAUUUCUUCGAAGACAUUGGUUGCUCUGCGACAGCAAGUUGUGUAAUCAUUCAUUACGAUUCAUGUCUGACAUAAUGAUGUCUGCGUAUCCUUUUCUAGAAUGCGGGCCAUAAAACUCGCGUAUAGCUGUAUAUGAUAUUGUUUUGCAUCUUUUAACGACUCGAGAAAACUAAUUUUUAAUAAAGCCUCUCUGUCUGAGUACCUAUAUAGAUAUAUGUACUAGUGACACAUUUCUUAUCGAUCGAUGUGUUAGCGCUUUCUAUCUACUAUAAUUAUUAGCAGACUUUACAAGCUCUAAUGUCUUUCGGCCACUGAUCUCCCAGUAAGUAGAUUGAUGUGUAACUAUAUUUUGUACCACACAGGCGACCGAUGGAGCCAGUUAAUAAUAUAAUAUUGUUAAUCAAUGUUUUAUAUGUUGUACCAUACAAUAUAAGUGUAGAACCACUG